UUGGUAAGAAGAGAUGGUGUUUUGUUCUGUGCUCUGAGAAUUAGUAAACGCCCGAAACUGGCAUACUAAGAGUGAAUUAAUUGUAACAUAUCUGUUCUCGGAGAAGGAAAGCUUGAACUCCUUGUGAGUCAUUUAUGCAUAAUCCUCAACUUGCACAUUUCCAUUAAGUCAUGGCUUCCGACGAUGAAAUCCAGCCAAUAUUAGAAAACGAAGUUCCUGGGGAUGUCAAAGAGGAAAUAUCAGAAACCCUGAUUGAAACGUCUGUACCCACCCAUUCCAAUGAAGUUGGCGAUGAAGAUGUUGAAGUGAUGCUCACGGGCUGUGGUGCAAGCCCUUUCUGUGAUCCUCGGAGAAUGCCUCACAGGUUUAUUGCACUCUUUUUAAUGUGCCUUCUUGGGUUUGGUUCCACGUUUUGCUAUGAUAACCCAGGUGCAUUACAGGACAACAUCAAGUCAGACAUGGGCAUCAACACUGCCCAAUUUGCCAAUCUUUAUGCCUGGUACUCUUGGCCAAAUGUGAUACUUUGUUUUAUUGGUGGAUUUUUAUUAGAUAGAGUGUUUGGUAUGCAGUUAGGGACAAUUAUAUUUGCUACACUAGUGUUGUUGGGUCAACUGACAUUUGCUCUUGGAGGCAUACUGAAUAAAUUUUGGUUAAUGGAAAUGGGUCGCCUUAUUUUUGGUAUUGGAGGAGAAUCACUAGCUGUUGCUCAAAACACCUAUGCAGUUUCUUGGUUCAAAGGAAAAGAACUUAACAUGGUCUUUGGCUUACAACUAAGCUUUGCCAGGCUUGGCUCGACUGUGAAUUUCAACGUUAUGGGACCGCUAUAUAAAUACGUCUCUCAAUUUUAUAGCGGCUUUUUAUGCACGGGAGUGGUUCUAAUGAUCGCGUCGGCCUCGUGUGUAAUGUCAUUAUUAAGUGGACUUAUUCUUGGAUAUUUGGACAAACGGGCGAACCGAAUUCUGAAAAAAAGUGGGCAGACUGGUGAAGUUAUUCGAUUUAGCGAUGUCAAAGACUUCCCCGCGACAUUUUGGCUGAUGUCGGUCAUCUGCGUUGCCUACUAUGUUGCUAUUUUCCCAUUUAUCGGGCUGGGACAGGUGUUUUUUGAACGAAAGUUUGACUUCUCGCCAAGCAACGCGAAUGCAGUAAACUCGAUUGUCUACGUCAUAUCAGCGGUUGCUUCUCCCUUUUUCGGCAUAUUAGUGGAUAAGGUCGGACGCAAUAUCCUAUGGGUGUUUCUUGCGAUUUUAUUCACAAUCGGGAGUCACGCUUUGCUCACAUUUACCUUUAUAAACCCCUACGUCGGCAUGGUUACUAUGGGGUUCUCAUAUUCCAUGCUAGCUAGUGCUUUAUGGCCCAUGGUGGCCUUAGUUGUGCCUGAAUACCAACUGGGGACAGCAUACGGAAUAAUGCAAGCUGUUCAAAACUUAGGGAUGGCAGUAGUGACCAUGAUGGCCGGAAGAAUUGUUGACGACCAAGGCUACCUUGUGCUUGAAGUCUUCUUUUUGGCAUGGUUAUGCUUAUCUUUGGUAGCGACCGUCCUGAUUUGGGUGAUGAACGCAAGUCGAGGAGGUCUUCUUAACAUGUCUGUAGCCGAAAGGGACAAACAUGAACGAGAACUUAUGUCAAAAGAAAACCUGGAGCGAGAAAAGUUUUUUGCAUCUGGUUCUAUGUCGGAUGUCACCCCCUAUGACCUGCUACAGCCAAGGUCCGAUUUUGCUAUGCGGAACCGUUAUCUCUCACGCAUAGGAGCUAAGAUUCCUGAACAUUUGGUUCCUCAAGCCAGCAUGGUCUACCGUGCCCUUCGAUAAGACGAGUUAUUUUCUGCAGAACGUAAUAUUUUUUAUUCGCGAAUUACGAAAAAUUCGAUCAUUUUGUAUCACUUCACCUUGAAAUAGCCGACUAAACACUUUCUGCUGUGUAUACGUGAUAAUAAAGUAUACUGACAAACUUUA